AGGUUUUGAAGAGGGCACUAGAGGUAUGGGACCUCCAAUUUAUCCCCAUGUAUUCCCAAGCUGCAGCGGGAUCCCAAUCCAAGCCUGAACUGGAAACUGCCUUCAUCUGCCACUUCCAGAAUCACUGGUUCUGCAUUAGGAACGUGGAUGAGGAGUGGUACAACUUCGAUAGUCUGUAUCCGGCCCCUGAGUACCUCUCUCAGUUUUUCCUCUCAGAUUACCUUGACAACAUGAGGGGUCCUGGCUCAAACAUCUAUGUGGUAAGGGGCACUUUCCCCAGGGACUGCCCUUCUGAUAACAACGAUUUUGGCCAGUGGCUGCGUCCUGAGGAAGCCAAGAUCAUUACACAUUCACGCUUCAAGGCUCAGCAGAAACAACAGAGCAACACUGCUAUAGUGAUGGCCUCGAGGAGGUAUCUCACAGUGGGGGUAGCCGCUGGCUUGAGGGGCCUUGAAGUUCCAGGCACCAAGACUGAAGUACCUCGUCAGCAACCUUACGAAGAAAAGGACAUGACUAUGAUGCAAGAGGAGGAUGAUGACGACCUGAAGGCGGCAAUAGCUAUUAGCUUGAUGCCAUUUGAAGCUCCAGCGACCAGUUCUCAACCAGCCGAAGAAGAGAGAAAUAGAUGCGCUCAGCAAGGACACCACCAUGGAGGAACCUGGCUCCAGCAACUCUGAAGGGCCAGUUGAAGAAGGUUGUUAGGAUGCCAUCUUUCUUCAUCUACAUAGGAGCAUUCUGAAGCGCGAAAAAAUAGUUUCGAUUGGCUGGAGCGGUUAUUGUGAACUUGUGAUAUGUUGUAAUGAUCUGGAAUGCUGGAUUGAACCUGUGAGACUGAUGAUAUUUACAUACAAGUGUUGAACUUGAGUUAAAA